CUCACAGAUCAGGAACGAGCUUUUGCUUUCCCCCCAGGCCCGCAAAGCUUAUCGCCUUUUGACUCUUCCCCGCCUGUUCGCUCUCGCCUAACUGAUUCGGUCCAGGUUGCCGCCCUCGCUUGAUAUCAUGUGACUGCUGAGUCAUUGUUGGCCGCUGACUGACCUGCUAAGCCCCAUUCGGAUGCUGAAUCAUUCACAAACCUACUUACCUUUCAGUAACCAAUCUAGUAGUUGUUAUCAGAGCUCAGCACAUCUAUAUUGUUCAACCAACCAGUGAUUGGGUCUAUCUGAAUCACCCCUGCAACUACCGUAGAGAUGUCGACUCAAUCCAUCCUUGCUCGGCUUCUUCGCAGUCCAAUCCGGAGUACGGCAAUCCCGUCCGUCACCCGAAGAGCCUUUACCACUACCCGCACCAAAUUGCAUGCACCAAAGGAUACAUCGAGUGCCUACAAGGACGGUGUCUCCCGCUACAAGCUCUUUGUCAGCCCCUUUGCCAAAGUCUUCCUUGGUGCUGUCUUUACCUUCCAAGUUCUCCACUGGACGUGGCUGAAACUUGAGAUGGACGACUCAAAGUACGAAAAAAACAAGGAAGUCGCUGCGCUGGAGGAAAAGGCAAGGGAAUUGACCGGCACACAGAAAAAGGUCUGAACGCUUAUGUGCCUGAGUUACCGAUGGCUGACUGGCUCUACCGGUACCUUCAGUAAGCUCAUGUUCGACUAUAUCUCAUUGAUUGGACUCUAUCUGCCUACGUCUGCUGUUUUGUAUAUACCCCAUAUAUCAGAUUCGUUCCCUUAAGGGAAAUGUGUAUAGUAUUUGC